CUCGAAUGCUUAGCAUCUCCCCGUAUUGGCGGACAUUUUUGUCGCGAGUUAAUCUUCGUUGUCGGAUGCUCAGAGAGAAAUUCGGCCUCGAAAAUGGACGCCGCACCGAUCAUGCUAUUCGAUGAGCUGUCACUGUCACCUCGGCUGUCUGAACAUGCCGCGACAACGCGAGAUAUAAAGCCAACCGCCGUUCGGGUUGGUCUCGUCGAGCAACGAUCGCGCUCAUAGCUCAGUCGCCAUGCGUUUGUCCUGGCGCCCCGCGACGUCUCUCUCCUUGCUCGCCCUCUUGUCUCCUCUGGUAUUGGGCGACAACCCAAUCAACCCUGGGUUUGCCUAUGGCUCGGAGACCGUCCGCGGCGUCAACCUCGGAGGAUGGCUCCUCCUUGAGCCAUGGAUCACCCCUAGCUUGUUCGACAACACGGGAAACGAAAACAUUGUAGACGAGUGGACGUUCUGCGAGCUACAAGACACAGCCACGGCUACGGCUGUUCUCCAGAACCAUUGGAACACUUGGAUCACCGAGCAAGACUUGGUGGAUAUCGCCGCUGCAGGCCUGAAUCACGUACGGCUGCCCAUCGGGUAUUGGGCGUUCGAGGUCGGGCCAGGCGAACCGUACAUCCAAGGUCAAGUUCAGUAUCUGAAUGACGCAGUCUCAUGGGCCGGCAACCAAGGUCUCAAGGUGAUAGUCGACUUGCACGGCGCGCCAGGAAGUCAAAAUGGCUUUGAUAACUCGGGGCACCGAAUGUCGUAUCCGGAAUGGCAGUCAAAAUCGACAAAUGUGCAGCGAACCGACUCUGCCAUCAAGACGAUCGCGUCGAUGUUCGCCAAUAUUCCUCAAGUGGUUUCAAUUAUUGCUCCCCUCAAUGAACCUGCCGGAUACGAUGGAUCCACUGUGAUGACUGCCUUGACCCAGUAUUAUUAUGAUUCGUACGGUAAUAUCAGAUAUCCAUACGGUACGUCCCAGGAGAGCAACACUGUCGUGCUGCUCCACGAUGCCUUCCAACCCUUGAGUCACUGGUCCGGUUUCAUGCAGCCUCCGAACUGGCAAGGUGUUGCAAUGGACACUCACAUCUAUCAGAUGUUCUCUCAAGCCGAGGUUGAAUACAGCUACUCGCAGCAUAUCUCCGCCGCGUGCGACUAUUGGUCAACGCUCUCAGGGUUUGAUCUAUGGCUAAUCGUCGGAGAGUGGACACCCGCGGCAACUGACUGCGCACCGUAUCUGAACGGACUUGGCGUUGGUUCUCGAUACGACGGAACCUAUCCUGGCUCGACCUAUGUCGGCAGCUGCGACGGGCUUACCGGCUCCGCAUCCACCUUUAGCAGCGAAUACAAGACGUUCCUGAGACAGUACUGGGAAGCACAGGCAAUCACGUUCUCAUCGGCUGCUCAAGGAUGGCUGCAAUGGACUUGGAAGGCGGAAAACGCGGACGAGUGGUCGUACCAGGCCGGACUGGCAAAUGGUUGGAUACCGCAGAACCCUACGGAUUAUAUGUACCCGAACAUUUGCUCCUGAGCUUGGUUCUAGAAUCUACGGUGAUCCGUGAUGGGAAGACAGUUCAUUGCUUGCGUGUUACAAUUAUACCUAUACCGCCUCUCCUUCAGCAUAACCAAUGUCGGUUUCUGUACGGCGUAUGAUUACGUUCCAUGUACUACAUAGUCGUCCGCUAGCGUUGUGCGUGGAUUCGUGGUCCUCAGUCAAACUUCGGAGUGUGCACACGCGUCG